UAAAAAUAGAAGACAUGUGUGAAUAUUGAUUGUGAACAUCAAAUUGGUUUAAUUUUCAUUACAAAAAUGAAUUCAAAAUGGAUUAAAAUUCGACAUUUAUUUUCGUUUGUAAAUCAGAAUAAUAAUUCACAAAGAUUUAUUCAAAAUUUAUAUUUAUCAACAACAGCAAAAAACAACAAUGAUGAUGAUGAUCCAAGAAUAACCGUAACAGAUGAUGGAAAAACUAUUGUUUGUUGGCAUCCUGAACAACCGUUUCCAUAUGAACAUUCAUUACCAUUUGUUGUUGAUCAAUCAACACAGCGUUUGAAUUCUUCAGCAUUGAAAAUUGAAAUACUUGAAAAAGGUGAAAAUAUUUAUCAUAAAAUGCCCAUAAAUCGUCUUGAAAUGGAAGAAUUAAGAGCUAUUACCUUUACAAAUAAACAUAAUUGGCGACGAAGACGUUUCGAUGGAUUACAAAUGAGACCAGCUCAUCCAAGAAAAGGAGUUUAAUUCAAGUCAUUCAUCAUUUUUAUUAUUAUUUAGAAUAAAAUAUUUUUAAUAAUUACAAAAAAAAAA